AUGAGCAGUGGUGAUGACUGCACUGGAACAGCCCGACCCGCGUGCCCAUCUGCCGGGCAUGUGCCCGUGGGCUGGGAGCGCAAGGUGGAGGAGGGCUCCGUGUGCUACAUCAGCCCCAGCGGCACCACACUGACCUCACUGGAGCAGACUUGUGCCUACCUGCUGGCCGACGGGACCUGCAAGUGUGGCCUUGAGUGCCCUCUCAACAUGUACAAGGUGUUUAACUUUGACCCGGGGGCAGCAGUGGCUGAGCGAGGGGCCCCUGGGGCCCAGGGCCAGCAGGACAUGACCAAGCUCUGCAAUCACCGCUGGAAAACAACGACCAUGGCCACAGUGUACUGCAGCACGGAGGGCACCCCAGGCCCCUGCUGCCCAGGCACAGGUCUUGGCCUGAGCCCGCUGUUCUCAGCAGAGGGGCACCUGGCCAUGGCCCCCAGCACCGGCAUCCCCCCACCCAGCACUGUCGGCAGCUUCCCUAUGGUCCCUCUGGGGGCGAAGACCCUGGAGGCCACAACUACCCCCACGGGGACCUGGCUCAUCACCCUACCCUUUCUGCAGUCCCACGACAUCAUUCCCAGGGCCAACAGCAGCCCCAAGAGCCACCCACCUGCCAGCCCCUGCUUUGGCCUCCACUUGUCCCCACCAGAUGCAGCAACUCUCCCCAGAUCCCCUGAGGAGCAGGCACUGGCACUGGGGGACUCCCUGCUGCCAGGCCUCCUCCUGGGCACACUGCCCUUCUCAGUAGCCCUGGGCCAGCACCCACCAGCCUGCAGGAGGGACCCUGAGGGGCCCAGCCUGCCCUCCCUGCUGGCGGCCUCCCUGCUCCCGCUGCCCAUGCUGCCCCUCAGCAUCCCCCUGCCCACCCUGGACCUGCUGCCCUCGCCGAGGACCCUGCUCUCCACCCUGCUGCCCCUGCUCCCUGGGCCAGGGGAGAGAGGCCCUGAGGUGCCGACACCCAGCCCCGAGGGCUGCCUGGUGCUGCCCAACUUCUUUGUGCUGCCCGCCUCGUUCACCUUCCACCCCAAGCUGCUGACCGCUGCACUGGGCCCCCCCAAGCCUGCCCCCACCUUCUCCGCGUCCAGCCUUCCCAGCCGCUCUGUGGCAUGUACCUCGACUGACACCCGCCCCAUGACUACUGAAGCCCUGUGCAGGCAGGGCCGGACCUGUGGCAGCCCCACAGGCACCCUGGAGCACCUCAACCUGCUGGGCUGCCAUCUGGGCAAGUCGCUGCUUGGUGCUGCAGUGCUGGGCAACCUACCAGCACUGAGCCCCUUGCUCCAGAAUCAGCCACUGCUGCCCCCCACACUGCCCUGCCUGGGACUGUUGGUGGGCCCAGGCCUGGGCUCCCCCAUGGGCACUGCCAGCCCCCUGGCCGGCCUGCUCCAGAGCCUGCAG